GGCUUUCACCGGUGCAGGUCAAAAAGGCUGGUGGUUGCCAGGCUUCGGGUUUCUCUGGUAGGACCACUUAACAAGCCGAGACAACUGCAUUAUAGGACACACAUAGCUAAGGAUGUUUUCAGAACAUAUUGACUUGAUGGAGGAAGAGCCGUUUGACAACAUGAACGAAAUUGUACCCAAUCUUUGGCUAGGCAACUUACUCGGAGCUUUGGACGCAAAAACGCUGAGAGAGAAGAAUAUUCAUAGCGUUGUGACUGCAAUGCGCGGAAAAUUGGCUAUUGAUGAGACAUUCGUUAACCAUCGAGUCGAAAUUGAUGACAGUCCUGACGAAGACGUUCUCUCGCAUUUGGUUCCUGCAAUCACUUUCAUAGAGAAAGAGCUUGAUAGAAACCGUGGUGUCCUUGUGCAUUGCAUCGCAGGAGUCAGCAGAAGUUCAACAAUUGUUGCUGCUUAUCUAAUGUACGCGCAUGGGCUGGAUGUACAAUCCGCAUUGCAGUUCAUUCGCCUAUCAAGGCCAAUUGCAGAUCCUAACGAGGGUUUCGUCUCACAGCUCGAAAUAUUUCACAAGGCACACCAUACUGUUUCCAGUCAGGACAGAGCUACAAGAAUGUUCUAUCUGGAACGUAUAGUAAAAGAGGUGCUUAAUGCCAAGGGAGAUGAGUCUCUCAUGCGAGAAGUCUUUACAAAAUAUCCUGCCUCUGAACUCAACCCGAACCCCGCCCACAAUCCUCGUCAGAGGAGGAUAAGGUGCAAGAUGUGCAGGCAGGAGCUAGCCACAAGAAGCCACAUUAUGGACCAUGGUCAAGUACCUGCAGCCUCUACAUCCCGUACGCCGCCAGUUACGGAGCACCUUCAGCCACCUUUAUCUGUCGGGGACGCUGCCCGCCUUGGUGAACAACUCUCCGAGUCUCUCUCGCUUGAGGAGACUAGAAAACCCAAUCCAUCAGAUACAGAAACAACCUCGGCCGAAUCUUCGAAUAUUUGUGUAGCUUCUGCACAGAGCUCUUCCUCGUCAGCGAAGUCGACAGAUCAACAGCUGCCAAGAUCUAUCCCGCUACCAGCGAAUUACGCAGGCCGUGCUCGACCAGCACAGCCACUUCCUCCCGUCAGUCCGCCAAUCCUCGCCAAUCCUAAGUGUUCUGGGUAUUUUGUCGAACCUUUGAAAUGGAUGGAGCCAUUCCUUUCGAAAGGGGAACAUGCGGGAAAGAUUGUCUGUCCAAAUAAGAAAUGUAAUGCAAAGUUAGGCAACUAUGAUUGGGCCGGGGUGUGUUGUAGUUGCAAAGAAUGGGUUGUCCCUGGAUUCUGUAUUCAUCGGUCCAAAGUGGACGAAGUUAUGUGAUAGAUUUUGAGCUGCAUAACAGACAUGGCAUUCCAUUGUAUUCUCUACAUCUCCUAACUUAAAUGAAUCGCGACGGAAUGUUUCACCGCUUGAAAUG